UUUAAAUUAUUUUUAGACCAAAAAGAAAAAAAAUUUAGCAUCUGGAAGAACUAUAUACCAAUAUCAUUAUACUAAUUGGCCUGAUCAUGGUACACCAGAUCAUGCACUACCAAUUUUAAGUUUUAUUAAUAAGUCAUCAGGAGCUAACCCUUCUGAAGCUGGCCCAAUUGUUGUCCAUUGCAGCGCUGGUGUAGGGAGAACUGGCACGUACAUUGUAUUAGAUACCAUGCUAAAACAAAUUAGAAGUGAAAGAGAAGUUAACAUAUUUGGUUUUCUUAAGCAUAUUAGGCAACAGAGAAAUUUCCUCGUUCAAACAGAAGAACAAUAUAUUUUUAUUCAUGAUGCUUUAUUAGAAGCAAUAAAUUGCAUGCAUGCUAGUAUAAAUGAAAAAACAUUAGCUAGUUACCUUCAAACAGAUAUUCAAGAUAGCAAAAUAGUAUCAUUCACAACUGAUUUUGAAAAACAUUAUAAAAUGAUAACAUCUUUUGUUCCUCAAGAUUAUUUAUUAUUAUCUGCCAAUAAAGCUUUCAAUAGAAUAAAAAAUAGAUCUCAAGAAUUUGUGCCCGUAGAAUAUUCUCGUGUUCAUUUAACUCCUAAACCUGGUGUUGAAGGGAGUGACUAUAUUAAUGCUUCAUGGAUAAUAGGUUUUAAACGACUAGGAGAAUUCAUAGUGACUCAGCAUCCUCUAAAAAAUACAAUAUUAGAUUUUUGGCAAAUGUUAUGGGACCAUAAUGCACAAACAGUGGUUAUUUUAACUGAUAUGAAUGAAGACCCAGUAUGUAACAUUUGAGUUAGUUUUAGUUAU